AUGGCCAGCCGCGGCGGUGCGUUCGUGCUCCUCGUCCUGUGCUCGCUGCCCGUGCUCCUCGCGCCGCAGGCGGCGGGCGCCACGAUGAAGCCCCUCGUGCCGGCGAUGUUCGUGUUCGGGGACUCCCUGGUGGAUGUCGGCAACAACAACCACCUGCGCAAGUGCAACGACAGCUGCAAAGCCAACCACCGGCCCUACGGCGUCGACUACCCCAGCCACUCGCCGACGGGCCGCUUCAGCAACGGCUACAACAUGGCGGACCAGCUAGCUCAGCUGCUGGGCUUCGCGGAGAGCCCGCCACCUUUGCUCUCCCUGACGAACGCGGCGAGGCUCGGUCGGCUGAAGAGCACGUGCGGCAUCAACUUCGCGUCGGGAGGGUCGGGGCUCCUCCCUACAACCGGCGGCGCUUCUGUGUGCGGCGGCGAGGUGGUUUCCAUGGCCGAGCAGGUCGGCAACUUCACGCGUCUCGUCCGGACGUGGGAAAGGCAGAAGCGGAGACGGCAGGCAGCAGAGGCGGCCCGCCUCGUCUCCAGGUCCCUCGUCUUCAUCAGCGUCGGCAGCAACGACCUGUUCGAGUACAGCGACUUCUUCGCGGAUCCUAGGAACCGGAACGCCAGCCGCAACGACGCCGCGUUUCUGCAGGGACUCGUCGCUUUUUACGCGGCCUACGUGAAGGACCUGUACGCCGCCGGGGCAACCAAGUUCAGCGUCGUGAGCCCGUCGCUGGUCGGGUGCUGCCCGUCGCAGAGGAAGGUAGCGCGGGACUCGCACGACCUGGACGAGCUGGGCUGCCUCCGCGCGGCUAACAACCUCUCCGGCCAGCUAUACCUCAUGAUCGGCUCCAUGCUGCGGAACCUCAGCCAGGAGCUGCCCGGCAUGAAGUAUUCCCUCGGAGACGCCAUCGGCAUGGCAAGAUGGAUAUUCGCCCACGCUCGCAGGCCUCCCAACAAAUUCAGUUCGAUCGGCCGGCCGUGCUGCGGGUCAGGGGAUUUCGGCGAGACCGGGUGCAGCAGCAACGUUGAGCUGUGCCAGAACCGGAGCAGCUUCUUCUUCUGGGACAGGUUCCAUCCCACCGAGGCGGUGUCCGCGCUCACCUCGAUACAGCUCUUCUGCGACAACGGGACCUUCGUCCACCCGAUCAACGUGCAGCAGCUGGUGGCGUCGUCGCGGCCAUGACCGUACCGGACCAACACUAAUUUUAAUUUGCAUUGCUUGUGAUUUGUGAAUGCUCGUGCACCGACGAUGAUAUGCAUGGUCGUACGAUAUGAUAUCACUGCUGCUGUAAUACCAAUAAUAACAGUAAGCGUCAGUGUGGGUGUGUGUGACAAUUAUUAGGAGAUUGGUUUAUUAGGGCUACUACACUACAUAGAUGCAUUCUAGCUUGUGGGCGUCCAGCAGAAGGUUCUCA